AGCAAGCGUUGUCGUCGUGUCGUCGUCGAGAGAUAGGGCCAACCCGAUUAACGCGCGCGUGAAUCAUCUUGCUGACUGAUAAGUUUAGUUGGUGGCAUCCCUUCGUUGUGUCGUCAUCGCAUCCAAAAAACCCGUCAUGAAAAUGGUGAAGAACCGGAAAAAUCAACAACAGCGACAUGACAUCAGCGAACAGCUAACCGACAGAGAAUCCAAAGUUGAUGUGUCGACGUGCUUGUAUAGAAGCGAGAAAUCUCGAUUAAAGGAACAUAAAGAUUGUUAUGAAGCUGACGACGACCAUCUGUAUAAACAAUCAAUAAUAAAUAAAAGUAAUCAGGAAGAGAAUUUUCAUUCAGCUUCGACAACAACAUCGACGACGACUUCGACCACGACGCCGGCGUUUGAUAAUCAAAGAGCUGAUGCUGAUAAUAGUUCAAUGCACUAUAGUGGCCAGACAUCGGUGAUUUCGGUAGUGCGUGCCCCAUCGACGGCAUACCCCACAGACAACUAUUACGCCCUCGAGGGCCAACAGCAGCAUCCUUCGGUGAUUCAGUCAACCGCUAUGGUGGCAUCACGCAUGUCUCCCAUCACGCCGCCCUCCUCGAUGAAAUACUCUGGCAUGGAUUUAGGUUCGGACUUGUAUCAUCCGGCAAUUGCCUCUUCGCCGCCAUACCAUGACACACUGGGCGACGACUCUCCCUUGCACUACUCCACACUAAAUAACGCAAAUUACUCACAAAUUAUUCUCAAUAACAACAACAACAACAACAGCAACAACGUCAACAUGACGAUUAAUAACAACAUUUACUGCUGGACGAACGAUUUACCACUGAAUUUACGCCAAAAACCAGACGACAAUUCGGUUUCAGUGAAACACGAACAUAAUAUUCUUGAUAACAGAACAAUUACACUUGACCAUCAUCCCGAAACGCUACAUAUCAGCAGUCACGAAUCAACAGCGGUCGCAAUGAGAAGUACAAAUAAUUUUGCUGCUACAGCUGCAGCUUCCGAGACGUAUCACGGUGCCGAGCACCAUGCGGGUUUAGUGCUCGAUGGUGAUGCGCAUGAUCCUGCCGAGCAACACAAUUACUUGACACUCUCGACGCCAUCCGAGAUGAUGGAGAAAGACUACCACAACAACAACAACAACAAUUCCAGCGUGAAUAACCACAAUCAUUCCAGUAGCGGUGACUCUCGCAGUCCAAAUGCAUACACAGAUGGCGGUUACGACAACGGCAUUCACAACAACAACAAUUUGACGCAACUUACUCCAGUUACGAGAAUUUUCUCGCCACCUUCCAUCGAGCAUCCGUCAGUCAUUCAAUCCAGUUACUAUGACUCCAUCACUCCAUCCGCAAGUCCGUAUGCUCGUGCACCAAGUAACUACCCAUCAACGCCUUACUAUCCACCAUCGACAUCCUCGGCAGACGCGCAAUUAUGGUCACCCAGUGGAACAUCAAGCGGAUUGACGGAAUACGGAUACAAAGGCACCACUUUGCCCACUUUCGAAGGAUUCAAGUCGCACAACUCAGGAGUUGCCAAAAAUGUGAGCUACGCUGGAAUGUAUAAUAGUCAGGCCGACUCGUGGAUGGCUGGUUAUGGAUCAUCAUUGUCUGGAACAACACGUGGACGUGCAAGUUCCGCUGGAAACCACAUCCAAGUGCUUGAUGCCGAUUGUUAUUUUACGGAGGGACGUGAAUGCGUAAAUUGUGGUGCAAUUUCAACUCCGCUGUGGCGUCGUGAUAAUACGGGACACUAUUUGUGUAAUGCCUGUGGUCUCUACAAUAAGAUGAAUGGCAUGAACCGGCCAUUGAUUAAGCAACCACGUAGAUUGAGUGCUUCACGUCGCAUGGGACUUACCUGUUCGAACUGUAACACGCAAAAUACGAGUCUGUGGAGACGCAACACGGGCGGGGAACCAGUUUGCAAUGCUUGCGGAUUGUAUUUCAAGUUGCACAGCGUCAAUCGUCCAAUUACCAUGAAGAAAGACACGAUUCAAACUCGCAAACGCAAGCCUAAGGGCAGCAAGAACAGCGAGGCCAAACAAAAUGCUGGAAAUAUGAUUGAGUCUGUCAAUGAAAUGCACAAAUUACAAUCGACAAUGCCCCUCAUGUCUCCGGAUGGCGUUGUCAAGAAUGGCGAUGCCUCAUCUACAUCCGGAUCUCCUGCAUCACACCAAUUGUCACCAAGUCACAAUUCGGCACCGCAAACACCAACGAACCAACAUCAACAACUUACGCAACAACUCAACUCGUCCUCAUUCCUCGGCAAGUACACUGGACAACGCAACUCGAAUAUCUUCCAAUACCCAUCGUCGAUCUACCAGAGCCAACCAUCGACGUCCGGUCACUUGUUGCAUGCAACCACAAAUGUCUUGCAAUCGAGUCCCAUUACGACAAAUAGCGCAAUUACGGGCAACAAUGCGUACAAUUAUCUCGAGAUGUUCAAUUCGACACAAGGUUUGGGCUCUGGCGAGACCGCGAUUGUCAAAAUGGAGCCACCAACUAGUGCUCAUUUGUCGUAUGCUGAACAUGCAUCAGUUGCAACACCAGACGCCGCCAGUCGCAGUCCCCCAAUUAAACACGAGUCGCAAAAUGGCGAUGAAGGACUCGCGAUUAACGGUUCCUCCGAAAGACCCACUGUUGUUUCUAUCUCUGGAUAAGGUGAUAAGGACUCAUCUUUUAUUUUAAAUUAAUAACUUACUGCAAAAUUGACAAGAAAAAGUGAAAAAUGACGUGAAAGUUAAAGAAAUUAAGAAAGAAUCUCAAUGAAAAAAAUAUAAGACUUAUCUCGUUAAGUCAAAGCUCUCUCUCUACCCUAUUCGAUACUAAAAAUUAGUACUAAUCACACACAAAAUAACGAAUCUUUGAAAGAAAGUUACUCCUAAAUUCAAUUAGUUACAUAAGUAAAGCAAAGUCCCCUAAUUUAAGAAUUUUUUUAUUACUUUAAAGGAUCUCCUUUUUUUGUAAAAAUACAAAAAGUAAAGAAAAUCUCCCAAAUUAUUUACGUAGUUAAGUUUAAUUCUAAGAAAAAGAUUGUAAAUAUCAUUAAAGACACAACUUUGAUCAUUCCAAAAAAAAUUGUAAAUAUUUAAAAAUUAGCCAAAAAUUCUAUGGGGACCAACGACCCUUUUUAAAUUUAAUUGAGACGGCUGAAAGUGAUAACAACAACUGAUGUGCCCCAGGUCACAGAAAAAAUUCUUGCCGCCCCCAGUUAGCAUGAGAGAAUUUUUUUUUCUGUGACCUGGGUUGUUAUCACUCUCAUUCGUCUCAAACAGCUGAUAGGUCCUCUCAAGAAACUUGUAUCGAAUUUGAAAAACUUGUGUGAGACGAAUGAUAUUGAUAAAUCCGUUAAAAUCGUUCAUCGCUUUAUCAAUUUAUCAUACUUCUCAGUUAAAUAAAAGAAAAAUUCAGUGAAUUUUCUGAAGGGAAGAACGGGCUUGUAUAAACUUGAUCACUUUCACAAAAUCAAAAAAAUUAUCUGAUUUUUCGGGGGUUUAAAUUAAUUGAUAUUGGAUCUGAUCUGUUAAUCAAUCAAAAAAAAACUUUUGUUUUAAUUUUUUAGAAUUCUUUUGGUUUGAUCUGACUUAAUUUUGAUCAAUUUCCAAUUAAUUCGCUGAUGAGAUCCAAAUCUUAUGUGAUCUGAUCUGACCGUUUCAGAAUUUUUAGUUAAUGCUUUGAUUUUCAAUUAACAAGCCUGCAAAAAAAAAUAUUUUUCUCAAACCAAUUUUUCGAUGCAAAAUAUAAUUAAAUAAAUAUAUAUUUUUGACAUAA